GUCGUCGUCACUUUCAAGUAAAGCAGUUUGUUAGCAGUCACUCGCUCAACAUGACUGGCCCAAAGUCAUCCUCAAAAAUCUCACCUGCGUCGUCAGAAACCUCUGUAGCAGCUUUAACGUUGUGGAAAUCAUAUAUUGAUCAGACCCCCGACCGCCUCAAAUUCAUCGACGCUUUCUUGGCGUUCAUCGUGCUUAGUGGGGUGCUGCAGUUCGUAUAUUGCGUACUUGUCACGAACUUUCCUUUCAAUGCAUUCCUUGCCGGGUUUGCAAGUUCAGUAGGCCAGUUUGUUCUGACCGCGUCCCUCCGCGCACAAGUCAACCCCGAAAACAGAUCCGAGUUCAAGGAAGUCUCGCCUGAAAGAGCAUUCGCAGACUUUGCUCUUGGCUCCAUUGUGCUACACUUCUUCGUAUAUAAUUUCCUCGGAUGAACGUGUAUAAUAUUAGGUGGAGCCGCGCAAGUACACAAUUAUGUUGCAACCCACUCGUUAGGCUUAAGGCUGUACGCAAAUUCUGUGUCCGUCGGAGUAAAAUAUUACAAAGUAGUGAGUGCGGUUUGUUAUGACGAAUUGGCAGGAGAAAUGCAGAUGGAAUUCAAGGACUUCAAUGCUUCCUCUCGAAAUAACUG